AUGGAACUGGAAACGUUUGCCAAGGAGAGGCAGCGAGGGUUCUUCAAUGCUGCCAUCUCAAACGACGAUGAGGACGUAAUACCUUCUCGUGAAGCGAGGCACGACGAAGAUGAAGAUGACGAUGGUGAUGAUGGUGAAGGGCACACCCAAGGAGGAGAGGAGCAAGAUGACAUGCGAGUGAUGAAGGAGGCCCACAAGGACUGGAGCGAAGACCAGUACUACGGCGGGAGCAACGUCACAGCGCUCGUGAAGCUCGACGAAUACGAGCGCGAGGACGACGCGCUGGUCAUCACCAUGAACAACAUCCACAAGACCUACCUGCUGGGCGUGGAGGGCGUGCCAGCUCUGCGUGGCGUGUCCAUGAGCGUGCGUCGUGGCGAAUUCCUCAUCAUCUACGGCACCAGCGGCGGUGGUAAGACGUCGCUGUUGAACAUCAUGGGCACCAUCGACAAGCCCACCAAGGGCAACAUGCGCAUCUGCAACACUCGCAUCUCCCGCUCCACGACCGACACCGAGCUCUCCGAGAUCCGUCGCUCCCGAUUGGGCUUCGUGUUCCAGACGUUCAACCUGCUCUCCUCGCUCACCGCCCUGGAGAACGUCAUGCUGCCCAUGAUCCUCGCCGGAAAGUACAAUCGCGCCGAGCGCAGGCAGCGGGCGAUCCAGCUGCUGACCAGGGUCGGGAUGGGCAAGCGGCUCGACCACCUCCCCUCCCAGCUCUCCGGCGGCGAGCAGCAGCGCGUCACGAUCGCGCGCUCAAUCGCGAACGAGCCCGACAUCCUCCUGCUGGACGAGCCCACGGGCGACCUGGACACCGUCAACACCGUCAUUGCCAUGAAGCUCCUCACCGACCUCCACGUCAAGGCACGCACCGACAAGCUGACGCUGGUGAUGGUGACCCACGAGCUGGCGCACAAGCCCUUCGCCGACCGCGUGAUCUGGAUGCGCGACGGCAAGAUCCAGACCGUGGAGCACAUCCCGGCCAAGAAGCGAGCCGAGGCCCACGCCAAGCUCCACGCCCAGUUCGCCGAGCUCAGCAUCAACCAGGACACGUUCGACGCGGAGGCGGCGCCCGCGCAGGACGAGGAAAUGGGCCUGGCCACCAACCCCGCCCUCAGCGAGGCGGCGCCGGACGUCAAGUCGUCGGUGUCGUUCACGCACACGGAGCUGCGUAAGCCGCAGAGCUACAGCACCCACCACUCAAGCGUCACUCGCAACGCCAAAGUAAAGCGGCCCGCCAAGCACACGGAAGGCGCCGGACUGGCCGCCAAGGGCAAGGUGAAGGCGGCCAAGGGAGCGGGCGUGUUCCCGGGCGAGCGCAGGGCCUCGACAGGCGGCAGCGACACGGAGGUCAACCCGCGGCAGACGCCGGCCUACCUGGCCGACCACCACGGGGGUAGCGGCUCCGAAUCCAACAGCAACUCGCCCCUCAUCGUCCUGCCCUGA